CUUGGCACUAGACACAUCCGUUUUUUUACAUGACAGUUCAGUUAUAAUUGAACGAUUAGAGAACUAAGAUUAAUGGAAAUUAUUCAUAACAAUAUCUGCAAUUAUGGUAGUUGAGACAGUCAUUGAGGUAACUGAAAUCGAAUGCUGUGAUGUGGAUGACAAUACUAUUUACGAAACACCUGAAGUUUUUAAUUAUUUGGAUAAUAUUCUGUCGCAUCGCCAGUCUCAAAAUUCUUUUAUAGGUUGCAAUAAUUCAGUGGACAGUAGACACAACGAUGAAGAAUCAUUCAUGAGUACCAAUGCCUCACAGACCUGUGAAAACGAUUGUGAAUCAUCGGUUUUAUGUAACGAAAACUACGAUGCUAUUGAUGGUAUGCCACAAAGUGUUCUAAUCGAGCCAAACGACUUUGGAUAUUACAAAGAUAAUUACAAUAUCUACUGCAAAGAGAAUUUUUAUUAUGACGAAGGUGAACAGAAGCAAAUGAAAUGUUUAAAUCGCAUUGUUUAUAUAAUUCUAUUUGCUAUUGCCAUUUACACGACCGUUUUCAUUAAAAAUCUUUUUGAGUUACAUGAAAACAGCGAGAAGCGAGGUAGUCAAUAGAACAACGUUUCAUUUAAGAAUUUAUUUUUUUAUUUCAAGUUAUUUUUUUCUGUUGAGUGAUAGUAAAUGUUAAUAGAGCAAUUCUUAUUAUUUUUAUA